GUGCACUGUGUCCCUAGGACACAGCGGAUCACCGAUCACGGAAAGAGCCGAAGAUGUCGGCUUGGUCAUGUGAUCAGAUGUGUCCAAUCAUAGUUGAUCACAUGGGACAUGUACACUGAUCAUCAGGGCACUGAUGAUCAGUGUGCCCUGAUGAUCAGUGUAGCCCCAGCAGUGCCACCUGUCAGUGCCUAUCAGUGCCACAUCAAUGCCACAUAUCAGUGCCCAUCUGAGCUGUCUUUCAGUGUCAUCCAUCAGUGCCAAUCAGUGCCGCCUAACAGUGCCAGCCAGUGCCGCCUAACACAGUGCAAUAUAUGAAUAUGAGUGCUGCCUUUCAGUGCCCAUCAGUGAUGCCUGUCAAUGCCCAUCAGUGCAGCCUAUCAGUGUCCAUCACUG